GACCAUGCAUUCAUUGCUGCGAUAUUACAAUCAACUACAACCCAGAAUCGCACGGAAUGGCACGCGGAUAGUUGAGAAUUUUUCACGUUUAUUUAUAUAUAUUUUUCACGAACGCUAUAUACAACAGAAUAUAGCGAUGGCGUCGGCUUAUAUCAAGGAUGAAUCAGGUGGAACUUUUAUCCCGGCGAGUCAAAGACCUGAUGGUACCUGGCGUAAACCAAGACGUGUAAAGGAUGGGUAUAUUCCUCAGGAGGAAGUUCCAUUAUAUGAGAGCAAAGGAAAGCAACUAAUAAAGAAACCUCUGUAUCCUGUGGGUGCCAGUCCAGAAUUCAUAGCUGAGCAUAAAGCAAAACAAGAAGCUCUAGCAGCAAAAAAUAAAGUAACACCUGGUGCACAAGCAAAAACUCAAGAAGGAUCCAAAAAGAAGAAAAAGAAGAACAAAUCUAAGACUACCGAACCUAUUACCUUGAAGACAAUAACGGAAGGAUUGUCUAGCGUAACAAUCACAGAACCUGAAUUUCCUAAAGCUGUUCCAGCUCACAAUGAUAAGUCCCUGUGCACUACAAAACAAAUUACAAUAAACAAUAUAAUUAAGGACAAUACAGACACCUCACAAAAGUCGACAGCUGAUCCACAGAAAAGAUUGAAAAAUCUGCGCAAAAAAGUAAGGGAAAUUGAAGCAUUAGAGGAAAAAAUCAAAACUGGUGCUCUGAAAAAUCCUGAGAAGGAAAUACUUGAUAAAGUAGCACGAAAAAUGGAGAUUUCUAAAGAAAUUAAAAGAUUAGAAUCUACUUUCAGUUAGGAGUCGAAUCUAUAGAACGCGAAUUUAUUAGUGCCAUCGGAUAACAUCCGAUUAUAAAAUCUUGUCAAUAAUAAACAUACAAAUUGCAUAUAUAUAAGCCGUAACAAUCUUUGUUCCUCUCAAUGAUUAUGUGGCAAUUUUAAUACUGCACUAUGCACUUUUGUCAUUUCUUUAUUUAAUCUGUGCAGCAAAAAAAAAUAUAUAUAUAUAUACUCAUACAUUUAUAGAUACAUGCAUAUACACAGAUAUAUACAUACAAUGGCGAUGGUAAUAUAAACGAUUUUAAUACUUGAUAAUGUGUAUUAUGUGUAAGAAUACAUGUGUAAGAACACAUAUAACGUGAUGUCGAGUUUUAAUAAAAAAAAUGAAACGAUGUUUUUGUUAAAAGAGUCGUAAUAUGAUAAGAACAAUUUUAGAUGGAUUUAUAUAUUGUCAAAUAAGAUGAUCCAAGAAAUAUAUAAAUAUGGAUGUCUCUA